ACACAGCAAAAAACAACAACAUUUUAUAGAGUGAAGAUUAUCAAGUUGGGGCACAGCGUUAGUAGGGCGGAACAUAGUUAGUGCUGUAGGUUUGGAAGCUGUUGGAUUGGAAAGCCUCUCGUCGACAUUUCGGCAAUCAUUUUGUGAUCACACCGUGUCAGCAAUCAGCAGAGAGCAAGCCAAGGAGAGCUCAGUGGGGACAACGUAGUUAAAAAACAAUGAGCAAUGAUGGCGUCCAGUGGUAACAGUGAAGAUUCCUGGUGGGGAGGAUGGAUCAAAGCAGCCAAAGAGAAGUCUUCUAUUGCCUUGGAGCAAAUGAAGAGGGACCUGAAUGAGUUUGGUAGCACUGUGCAAAGAGAUACAUCAUCUGCUGUCGCUACAUCGGCAGAAGUUAUCCAACACAAUCUUAAAACUGACCCUAAUGAGUCUUCAACAACCAGUCGUGUCAAGCAGGGAUUCUCCAAUAUGCUGGGCGGAUUAUCAGAGACUUUUGCUCCCAAAGAUCCUAGAAAAGAGUCUGACCCUCGCAUUGUAUUGCAUAAGAGUGACCAACACAUCUUCGAUAAGGCAAAGGCUCGUCUUUAUGCUAUUCAAGUUUCUCCAGGCACAUAUUGUAAUGAUCCCGAUGGACCACCAUGUUUGUAUGAAGACUGGUUGGCUUCAUUUGAUACAGAUGAAUACAAAGGGGAAAUCUCUGAUUUGCUGGUGGCCAAUACUGAUGUAAGGGCAAUCUACACUAAGCUGGUACCUGCAGUUGUAUCCAAUGCUGAUUUUUGGGGACGUUACUUUUAUAAAGUUGAUCAGUUGAAGCAAGAUGAAGCAAGGAGAGCAGCACUGAUGGAACGUGCUGAUAUGACAUCCUCACAAACACUUGAUGAUGAAGAGCUUCAAUGGGAUGAUGAUGAAGAUGACUCUUCAGUUUCAUUUCAUCAUCACAGCAGCAACAUCCAAACAUCAAUAACUAGUAAACGGGCGAGUGAACGAUUGAAAGCAGACGAUUACAACGUGAUAGAAGUAUCCAACAUUGAUAAACCACUUGAUGAAGAAGACAGCGAAAAGGAAUCUAUGCAUUGUCAUGAUUCAGAAACAUCAUUGAUUCAUCAGAAUCAAAUUAAACAAUUCAACAGUGAAGAGAAGGGGAUACAAAUCAUGACUGAUACCAGUGUUGAACACCUUAAUGACACACCGAUUCAAGUGAGAACAGCCCCAGACAUGCCAGAUCAGAUGCCUUUGGUAUCUACUGCUGCUGAUGAAACUGAACUAGAUGGAACAUGUGAUACUAGUGCUGGUGAAGAAGGUAGAUUGGAGACUGAUCCUACAAAAUGUGAUCAACGUUUAACGGAACCAUUGAUGAUAUCAACCCAGGAACCAUUGAUGGUAUCAACCCAAGAAAGUACCAGUCAACAAUCAAAUAAGGUUUCACCAACUGUAUCAGAAACAAGUAAUAAAGGUUCAAGUCUUAGUGACGAUUGGGAGAAGGAUUUUGAUGACAUUGAUGUAUCGGAGGAAGAUCUUGAAGUAGCAGUCCAUCAGACUGGAAAUACCAACGAGGAAGUUGAUCUUGAUGAUUGGGAAAGCUGGGAAUAGAUGUCAUUGUACAUUGGAGUAAACUAGAUUCUUUGACAUGUUCAUGUUAAUACCAUUAAUGAUUACCUAAUAACCAUGUUUGUGAAGCUCUGUUGGUGUUUCUGUUUGACUUUCUUUGGGUUUGUUCACACGAAGCUAACUUCACUGCUAUCUUCGCUGCUAGCUAAUAGCGAAAAUUUGUUGACAGUGUGAGCGAAGAAAUAGUAAACUACAAUGCUUACUUGGAGUUAGCAGCGAAAUUUUCGAAGUAAUUUCAACUAAGCAGCGAAACUUAUACUUUGUCCGCAUAUAAAGAAUUUAGAAGUGUGUUUUUCACGUGUGAACGCAACUGACGCUACGAGGCUGUAAACAUAAUGAUUUUUCGAAUAUUCAGCUUGAUGUUUUCGCUGACGUUUAUUUUUUCUCCUGGUGUUGCACGUAGGCCUUGACAUUUUCCCUCACUUGCUGUGCAAAAAUAUUGAAGUUUUUUACAUUUUUUACAUUUUCUUAUUUUGACAGCUAAAUCAUACUCAAAAGGCGACAAAAUCGGCCACUUUGACGACCCAUGUUUGUAAAUUAUCAGUACGAUCUGAAAAUGUAUCCUAUGGCCGGCCACGUGCUCAUCCUCCUUCCCAUCCACAGGCAAUGUACUAUGACAUCGUGCACUAAUGUAUGGGGACGAAAUUGUAACACGACGCAGUGACAAAAACAGAGCAAAACAAAAUACAUUUGUCAUUUAAAAUCACUGGGAAUUUAAAUAAACUACAGUCAAUGCUAACUGAGAAAAAAAUACGGAACUUUAAAAUACAAUGUAGAAUUGCUGCGAACUUGAACAAAACUAUAUGGAACAUUGCAUGUUUUACAUACAUAGGCCUUAACUUUCUAACGUGCCAACUCUGGCUGGCUUACUGCAACCAUGCCUUGUGUGAUCGCAAGGUACUUUGUAGCUAAGUUGUUUGGUCAUGCGUAGCCCAGCUGUGAAUAUUUAGCAGCAAAGUUAGCAGUGAAGUUAGCUAUAACAUGCUCUAUGAGGUUAAACCUAAUCAUACACAAACCAGUAGGACUGCUGACUUCCCCAGGCAUGCCAGGCAGUUUAACUGCUUAUUCAUUAAGAGUCUCUGCCUGUGAGAAUGGACCAAGUUGGGGACAGCCACUUAUAAUAUCUUGGCACAUGUGUUUGUCCUCAAUUAAAGGCUGUUUGGCUGAUAAUUCCCAAACCGAAAGAGUCAACAAACUAGUAUUUGGGAUUGAUUUGUUUGGUAUGUUAUUUUUUAGAAGAUCUGAUAACUCAUGAAUCUCACCCCUCCUACUUUGGUAUAUUCUUACAGGCAGAGACACUUAAGUUUAAUGACCCUAGUAUACAUGUAUAUCAAUGUAAACACACCCACUCAGUGAUAAGGAUGUAUACUUUCAGAGUUUUUGUGGCCAAAUUUGAAAAUAUAGUGGCACAAAUUCCAUGCACAAGCCUAUAUUGUUGAAGAUUUUGUUACCAUCAGCCAACUUGGAAUGAGAAAUAGCAAGGGAAGAGGCGUCUUAUGAACGGUACUUAUAAGUUAACAUCUUUAAGGAAGGUGAAGAUAAAAUAAAAAUAAACCAAAACAAUAGAAAUAAAUCAUUAAUAAAAGAAUUGUGCAGUCCACUUAUCAAAACCGAUUUGAGUAGCUAGGGUUCCUGAAUAAGAUAUAAAGUCAAGACACUUAACUAUAAUUGCUUCUCUCCACCCAGGGGUAAAUGGGCACCUGUGAGGGCAGAGAUGGUUCUUGU